AUGAUAAUCAGAAGUACUGUCAGCCCAAUGCUGAAAAUUGGUUUCCAAUUAUUCGGCAUUUGGCCGGGUGUCUCGUAUUCUACCAUUUACAGUAUGAGUAUUAUAUCAAGCAUACUGAUCAUACAGUACUUUCAGUAUUUGUACAUUUUUAAACACUUCAAGAUCAGUGAGAUUUCGAAUCUCAAUGACAGUUUGAAUUUAACUUUUACAUAUGGUUUGACAGUAUUUAAAUUGAUUUAUCUGUGGAUACGUCGUUAAGUUUUUCAUCAAGUCCUGGUUGCUAUGGAUAAUGAUUGGCGCGAGUGCAUCAAUAUGGAUAAACAUUUGUAUAUAAUGACAAUUAAAGCCAAUUUAGCACAUUUUAUUUCCAACAGUAUAUUGAGUGUUAGUACGAUUAUUGCGAUACCUUUUUUCUUAGGCGAGUACAUAAUUCAUUCCGUAUUUUUAACUGAAGAUUAAAAUGACAUUUUACGGCCGCUUCCUAUGAAGAUUCAACUUCCCUUUGAUACUCAACAAUCGCCAAUAUUUGAGAUUGUUUUUGUGACAUUAUUUUUACAUAGUAUAAUAAUAUUUAGUAAAUCAAUUGUCAAUGCAGCAUACGAAUUGCCGUGGUAUGAUAUACCGUCACAUCAGAGUAAAAUAUUAAUACUAAUAAUAAUGAGAUCUAAGAAGGAACUGACCAUAUCGGCAGGAAAAAUGAUGGAUAUGUCAUUCGAAACUUAUACAAACAUCAGCGAGUUCUCAAAUCUUAUCGAUGGCUUAUCUUUAACUUUAGAUUAUAGUUUGACGUUUGUUAAAUUGGUCAGCCUAUGGAUACAUCGUCGUGUUUUUCAUAAAAUCUUGGCUGCUAUGGAUAAUGACUGGCGCGAGUGCAUCAACAUCGAUGAGCAUUUGAAUAUGAUGACAAUUAAAGCCACUGUAUCUCAUUUUUAUUCUAAUGCUAUGUUGAGUUUUAAUGGUGUAGCUGCAGUGUUGUAUGUUUUGGGCGAUUAUGCAAUUCGUUUUGUAUAUAUAGCCAAAGAUUACAAUGAUACCUUGCGGCAACUUCCUAUCAAGGUGCUUCUUCCUUUCGAAACUGAGCAGUCGCCGAUUUUUGAGUUACUGGUCGCAAUUAUGUUUCUACAUAUAAUACUAGUCUCGUUAUUAGUCGCCGUUUUAAAUGGAUUAAUUUUUACUUUGGUGCUUCACGUAAGCGGGCAAAUUGAUAUAAUAUGUCAAGAGUUCAAAAAUAUUUCCGAAAAUGCCUUUCCUUAUCAAUCUUCCGCAUUUACAUUAAGAGUGCUGAUUAAAAGACAUAACAAAGUCUACGCAUUUUCCGAGAAUAUUGAGGAACUUUUUUCCUUCAUUGCAUUGAUGCAAGUUGUUUGCAAAACUUUAGUCAUUUGUUGCUUAGGAUUCGUUAUUAUAAUUUCGGUUCAUAAUGAAAUCGAUUUCUACUUGUUUGUGAAAGCUGCUGUGGCUUAUAUUGCCGUAAUGAUAGAAAUCUUUAUUAUUUGCUUUGCCGGAGAAUAUCUUAGUCUUAAGAGUAAAUCAGUCGCUGAUGCAGCAUAUAAAUCGUUGUGGUAUGAUAUGCCAAUUAAUCAGACUAAAAUUAUAUCAUUCGUGAUAAUGAAAUCCCAAAGGCGAUUGUCAAUCACUGCAGGGAAGAUGAUGGAUAUGUCAUUCGAAGCUUUAACGAAUGAACGCGAUGUUCGCACGAUAAUCGUUUUGCCUUUGACGAGAAAACGUCGACGUGGUCCGAUCCCAUGCGAGAUAAUGCGCGCAACUUCCAUCAGCACUUCCGUCGAGAUCGGACUUCGCUUUGUCGGAAUCUGGCCGGGUUUGCAGUACGGAACCAUCACUUGGUUUGCAUACAUGAUGAGCUUAGUGUUUGCGCUGUACUUUCAGUAUGUGUACAUCUUCGAUCACUUCGACGUCAACAAUAUCUCGAAUCUUGUCGAUGCGCUUAGCAUUACGUUGGCUUAUAGUCUCGGUUUUUUAAAGCUUUUUUAUGAUAUCGUGUUAACGAUGGAAGAAGAUUGGAGUAACGUCAACGUUUACGACAAAUCGGUAUCGUGUAUUAUGACGAGUAAUGCCAAUUUGUCACGUCGUUGCUCGAACGUGUUGAUCAGCAUUAACGCUGCAGCCGCAAUUUGCUACUCCGUAACCAAUUUUCUACGUCUCUCGACCGACUUUAAGGAGGACCUGAACAUUAGUUCGAGAGUGCUGCCUGUAAAGAUGAAAUUUCCCUUCAAAGUUGACGUGUCUCCUCUCUUUGAGCUUUUAGCGGUCGGUCAGAUUCUUCAUGUAGUGUCAAUCGCCACUUUAGUUGGUAUGAUGAAUUGCUUGAUCAUUACGCUGGUACUUCACGUGAGCGGACAGAUCGAUAUUCUUCGCCGGGAAUUACUGACAAUUUGCGGCAACGGAAUUUCUCAGCGUGAUUCAAUCGUCACAAGUGUCAAGCUAGUGAUUAUUCGGCAUCAAAAGAUAAUAACCCUUUCAGAUAAUAUCGAGGAGCUUUAUUCCGACAUCGCGCUGAUGCAGUUUUUAUCAAAUACCGUGGUCAUCUGCUGCAUCGGUUUUACCAUCAUAGCCACUCUUGUUAGGGAUGGAGCCACAGUGGUAAUUUUGAAAUCCGCUAUUUUUUACGUCGCCGUAACGUUAGAAGCUUUUAUCUUUUGUUUCGCGGGAGAAUACCUCAGUGCCAAGAGCAAAUCGGUUGGCGAUGCAGUUUACGAGGCGCUAUGGUAUAACAUGACACCUGCCGAAUGUCGGAUUUUGUUAUUUGUGAUAUUAAGGUCGCAGAAGAGAUUGACGAUUACAGCUGGAAAUGUUAUGGAUCUUUCUUUAGAAGGAUUUACGACAAGUGAGGCAUCCCGGUCGAAAAUACUAUUCAAAGACAGCACUCCGAAAAUGAACUCGAAGACCGCUUCCUUGAAGAUCCUCGGCGGCACUGUUAGUCGUUCAAUCGAGAUCGGUCUUCGCGUGAUUGGCGUUUGGCCCAAUUCGUCCUUCGCGAUCCUCCGUCGCGCCUUUUGGAUGAUCACUUUUACGAUGGCGCAGACCUUUCAGUAUCGAUAUUUCCUUAUACACGUUCGCACGGACGAUCUCUCGCAUCUGAUGGAUGGUCUUAGCACUACGAUGUCCUAUAGCCUUCUACUAUUGAAACUUACAAUAUUUUGGAUCAAUCGACGGAUAUUCUACGACAUCCUGGCAAUGAUGUCCCAGGAUCGGAGCGAGUGCGUGACCGAGUGGGCUAUCUACUCAAUGUCAAGGACAACCGAUGUGUCGCAUCGGUCUUCCAACUUGAUCAUUGGCCUUUAUUCGAUGUCAGUGUUUAUUUACGGUACUGGCGUACUCGUUGCUCACCCUGACGAGUCCGACGAGCAACUUGCCGUGCAGACACGAGAAUUGUUUCUUAAGAUGGAACUACCCUUCGAGUCCAAUGCCUCCCCUACGUACGAGCUCGUAAUGAUCACGCAGUUUUUCCAUCAGCUCUCAGCAGCCACAAUAGUCGGUGUAAUUAAUGCCUUAAUUGUCUCACUGGGCAGAAUGAUCGGCAAUGCAGCGUACGAAACUAAGUGGUACAAAUUAAAUCCCACGCAGAGUCGUAUUUUAUUAUUGCUAAUUUUAAGAUCACAAAGAAAAUUAACUAUUACGAUCGGAAAAUUUAUGGAGCUCUCCCUAGAACGUUUUACAACAAACGAGAUAGAUUCGACGAAUAUUGUGUGCUGGUCUGUGCAAUACGGUCUUCGUAUGAUAGGUAUAUGGCCGGGCACGUCGUGCGCAAUUUUACUUAAAGUCCUCAGCAUAUCAUCAAUGAUCGUAUUUCAAAUCUUUCAAUAUCAACACGUAAUCGUGCAUUUUGAAGAGGAGGAUUUAAUGAUUCUCAUGGAUGCACUAAGCGUAACUUUUGCUUAUACCCUUUUGCUUAUCAAAAUGCUUAUUUUUGCAUUUAAUUCUCGUCUGCUGAAUGAAAUCAUAACAUGUAUGAUCAAAGAUUGGAAGGAAUGCGAUAUUUCGGAUGAGUACACGAUGACUAGAAUAGCUUAUGUAUCUCGUUGGGUCUCCAACAUUAUAAUUUGCUCGCAUAUGAUGUCAGUUUUCCUCUACGCGAUAGGCACAAUAAUGAACAUUAAAAAUGAAAAUCAAACUGAUGUUCGAGAGCUGAUUAUCAAAAUGGAGAUACCUUUUAAAAUUGAGAGCACAUCAGUACACGUAGCUGUCCUUGUUAGUCAAUUUAUUCAUCAGACGAGUGCGGCUGGUAUGGUGGGUGUAAUAAAUUCCUUGCUAAUAAUACUGAGUGAAAUGAUUGGCGACUCGGCGUACGAAUCAUUUUGGUAUGAAUUGAGUCCUAGUCAAAAUCGAGACAUCUAUAUUAUGAUCAUAAGAUCCCAACAGCACUUGACGCUCACGAUAGGAAAAGUUAUGGAACUUUCUUUGAGACAAUUUGCCAACACCUUUCAAUAUUGGUACUUGAUCAUGCACUUCGGUGAGAGCAAUAUUUUCCUUCUCAUGGAUGUGAUAAGCGCAACUUUGACUUAUAGUCUUCUGUUUGUCAAACUGAUUAUUAUCAUAUUCAACGUUCGUCUGCUGGAUCAUAUGAUAGCACAUGUAGUCGAGGAUUGGAAAAAGCGUGAUGUUUCUGAAGAAUACACGAUGAAUAGAAUGGCUUAUGUCUCUCGCUGGUUUUCCAAUUUGAUAAUUUGUUCGCACGCAGUAUCGGUAUUCUUCUAUGCGAUGGGCACUUUGUUGGCGCACAGAAACAGCAAUCAAACUGAUGCUCGAGAGCUCAUUCUCAAGAUGGAAUUACCUUUCGAGAUCGAAACCACAUCAGUAUAUUUUACCGUUCUCAUUACGCAGUUCGUUCAUCAGGUAAGCGCUGCCAGUAUGUUGGCUGUGCUAAAUUGCUUGCUACUAACAUUGGUUCUUCAUGCAUGUGGACAGAUUGAUAUAUUGCGGCAGAAACUGAGUGAAAUUACACGGAAGAACACCAAGCAACAUAUGAACGAUAUCGCAAAAAUACUGAUUAUUCGGCAUCAAAAAAUUAUUUCCUUCUCCAAAAAUAUUGAGACUCUUUUCUCAAACAUAGCGCUAAUACAAUUCGUGUCAAUUACUUUAGUCCUCUGUUCCCUAGGAUUUGUCAUCGUGACCUCUAUUGGUGUUCCGGAUGGAUCGCCUAUGCUAGUAAAAUCCGUAUUCUUUUACAUUCUAGUCAAUAUGGAGGCAUUUAUAGUUUGCUUUCUUGGAGAAUAUCUGAGUACUAAAAGCAAAAUGAUUGGCGAUGCGGCGUAUGAAGCGCUUUGGUACGAAUUGAAUCCGAUUCAGAAUCGAGAUAUUCUCUUUAUAAUUGUAAGAUCACAGAAGUUUUUGACACUAACGAUCGGAAAGGUCGCUGAACUUUCGCUAAAACAAUUUGCUAAUUCAAUGAAUAACGGUAUAGAAUCGGAGAAUAUAGUAUGUCGUCCUAUCAAGUUCGGACUUCGCCUAAUCGGCGUAUGGCCAGGCACGUCAUAUGCAAUCUUGCGCAGAGUGUUCUGUAUAUCUUCAAUGGCGGUAUUUCAGAUUUUUCAAUAUUGGUACGUGAUCUUGCGUUUCGGAGAGGAAGAUCUCUUACUCCUUAUGGAUGUAUUAAGCGCAACUAUGGCUUACAGUCUUUUGCUAAUCAAACUAAUUAUUUUUGCAUUCAAUGCUCGUCUGCUGAACGAAAUCAUAGCACACACAAUUGUUGACUGGAAGGAGCGCGAUGUUUACGACGAAUACACGAUGACUAGGAUGGCGUACAUCUCUCGUCGGUUCUCCAACUUCAUAAUUGCUUUGUACGCGCUUUCGGUGUUCCUUUAUGCAACCGGUACUUUGUUGAGGUUUAAAAGUAAUAAUCAGACUGACACUCGAGAACUUCUCCUUAAAAUGGAAUUACCUUUUGAGAUUAAGAGCACAUCGGUGCAUAUAGCUGUCUUUGUUACACAAUAUGUUCACCAAACAAGCGCAGCCAGUAUGGUGGGCGUGAUGAAUUCCUUGCUAAUAACAUUAGUUCUUCAUGUGUGCGGACAAAUUGAUAUUUUGCAGCAAAAAUUGUGUGAAAUCACGCACAAGGACAUCAAGCGAGGUGUAAACGACAGGAUUAUGAACAUGUUGAUUAUUCGGCAUCAAAAGAUUAUCUCUUUUUCCAAGAAUAUCGAAGACUUUUUCUCAAAUAUCGCGCUAAUACAAUUUGUAUCAAAUACUAUGGUUAUAUGUUCUCUAGGAUUUCUUAUUGUAAUCUCUGUGGGUGUCCCGGGUGGAAUGUCUAUGCUAAUAAAGUCUGUGUUUUUUUACAUUGUUAUAAACAUGGAAGCAUUUAUAUUUUGUUUCCUUGGAGAACAUCUCAGUACAAAAAGCCAAGAGAUCGGCGAUGCUGUGUAUGAAUUGCUUUGGUACGAAUUAAAUCCAAAUCAAAAUCGAGAUAUUCUAAUUUUGAUCAUAAGAUCGCAGAAACACUUGAAGCUCACGAUCGGAAAAGUUAUGGAUCUUUCCCUCAAGCAAUUCGCUAGCAUGGUGAAAGCUUCGGCGUCGUACGUGUCGGUGUUGUACGCAAUGUAUUGAAGCUUCAAUACACUGCAUGUCGCUUAUAUCUUCGCGUGCAGAAGGAUAUGGUACUUUUACUACCAUCAGUUUACACGGUUAACAAUUUUCCUAUUCAAAGAGGCGAAGUUUUACAUCAAGUGUGUAGACAAGCGGGGUUACUAAAGCAUCGAUUU